GAGGCCGUUCCACUAGGACCUGCCCGUGGGCACGAGUAAAUCGCUGUUUCCGAAUAGAAUCGCGAACAUCUAAAGUCGGGGAUUCAUCUAUCAAGAAGGGAGAAAGCGCUUCUAAACCUCCAGGACCAGGAUGCGACGAAAUCAUAGGCAAGGAAGAUCUUCUAGAAGAACUAGGUAGUUGUACCAACAACAACAAACUGAAACUACAGAACUACUACAUGAGUUCAUCGACGACUUGUAUGAUGCCAAUCCGGUUCCGUCAUGACGAGCGUGAUGCGCAUUUCGACGAUUCACAUCGUUCAGCAAGAAAGACACUUCAAAGCGGUCGCGAUAAACUGAAAAUCCUUGACAAACUGUGUUUUGAAGAACAGUAUGAGACAUUGGUCGGGCCACCUCGCGAAUACGCUUCUAUCGUUCCUCCUGGUGCAACUACUAGGGACCGCGACCGUGGCGGACUAGACUAUGACGUAGAUAUGCGACAAGAUAUCACGGAGGUUGCGAUGCAGUACGGCGGUUGCUUAGUGCUACUUGCGGGUAUCUUGCUGGGCUGUGUGCCGAUGCGCGACUGGUCGGACAGUAACGCGCUUUUUCAGUCGGUUGAAACGCAAUUGAAAGUAAAUCGAUUGGACCUUGUCUAUGGCGUUGUGGGACCAUUGACACAGGCUUUGCGAACCAAGUGGGUAGACACAGCUGCCAAUGGAAAUCACCUAGUAUCGGAGCUACGUGGGCUCCAUCUUCGCGAAGACAUGUUCCUGCAGCAUAAUACAAGGGUAUGUGUUGAAAGCUACUCAGCACUGCAAAAAUUUAGUGGUCAAGCAGGUCAUGAUUCAUCGGCCCAGCAUACUUCGCGUCAAGUAAGUCCCUCCUUCUGGUUACGACGUAUGAGCGAACACAUGGAGUCCGUCUAUAGUCAUUGGCGCGAUAUGACUUACAGCGCAGGAAAGGUCGAUGAUCGGAGGAAGGGCGUUGCGAUGAAGUCAAAAAAGGCAGCUAGGGCUAGCAAGGCAACAACGACUAGUACGACAGCAUUAAGCAGUAGCAUAGCUCCAUCUGCAGUCAGCGCUCUCAGUAAUGGUACAACAGCAACAGAUUUCGCUACUGCUAGUAGUAAGAAGGCGUCAGGACGGAAAACCAGGGCGGGACCUGCUUCAUCAAACAAUGGGGACGAUGAUGGAAACGACAAACCAACUACAGCAUCAGCGAACACGUCUAUGAGGAAAACGACGGCGAAACGAACUACAGACACUAGUAAGACAACCGACGCUCCUCUCAAGAAGCGUGCCCGUAAACCGCCUGGGCUAUUGUUGAAUCGGCAUUUUGCAAGUGCUAGUUCUCAGUAAUUUUUCUCUCACAAGUAGCUAGAGAUAUACUCAUAACUUUGACAACAAGUAGUUGUUGCGGGAUUAUUCUGUUUUAAAACUAGUACAGUGAAAAAUGAACAGAUGUUGAGCAGUUGUUGAGGAUCCUCCCGAAACCAUCCCCCCUUUCCACAGAUUCUCAACUUCCAGCAAAGAUUCAAAUUCUUCACAUUCAAUGUGAUUGAUCGCCAUUCUCCAGCUACUAGUAGCAUUAGAAGUAUGCGAUUGAUGUCGCAUACUGGCACCUCAC